AUGGCCUCCGACGCCGCCGCUGCCCCCGCCGCCCCCGCCCCCGCCCCGGCGAAGCCCGCGCCGCCCAAGCUCCGCGGCAGCUACAACUGCGGCCGGUGCGGGCUGCCCAAGAAGGGCCACGUCUGCUCCGUCCCGGGCCCCGCCUCCACCGCCGCCCCCGCCUCCGGGGCCGGCGACAAGGCAGGGGAGCCACAGCCGCCGCCGCAGCAGACCAAGCCGCGCCGCGCGCUGCAGUUCGACGACCCGGCCGCGUCGCCGCCGGCUGCGUCGGCCGUAGUGCUGGACACCGUGCCGCCGGAGGUCGCGGCGCCGCCGCCACCGCGGCCGCGGCCGCUGACACCAGCGGCGGGGAAGAAGAAGGCCAGGGCGGAGGUGGUGGACGUGGACGCGGAGGAGGAGGACGGCGGCGACGACGACGGCCCGCCGCUGCCGUGGGUCGAGGUGGGCGAGGGGCGGCGGGCGCCCGGGGAGGUGCUGGUGGGCGUGCUGCAGCGCCUGCCCCCGCGCGCCGUGGCGGCGGCGGCCGGGGUCAGCCGCGGCUGGCGCGAGUGCUCGCGACGCCUGUGGGGGGGCGCCGAGGAGGUCCGCCUCCGCGCCUCCGGGGUCAGGCCCGUCGCCGCGCUCAUGGCGCGGUGCCCCGCGCUCGCCAAGCUCGUGCUCACCAUGGACAGUGAUGUUGAUGCCACACUGUUGGCAUGCAUUGCAUUUUCCUGCCCCAAUUUACAAUCCCUGGCUAUCAGCAUGGUCAAUAGCGCAGCCAACAGGAUAACUGGGGAUGAGCUAUCUAGGUUUGUUUCAGAGAAGCGAUCUCUGUUAGUUUUUACAUUAGAUGGCUGUAGCAGUCUUGGUUUUCUCAAUGUUAACUCUUCAAGCCUUUCAACACUUUGGUUGUCAGGUCUUUGUCCCCUUACCAAAGCGGUCGUGAACUGCCCCAAUUUGAAUGAGCUCUCACUGAACUUUGCCAUACAAAAUAAUGAUUCUACUGACCUGGUUGCUCUAAUGGAUAGUCUGGGCCGCACCUGCCCAAACUUGAGGAACAUGCACAUCUCAUCAAUUCGCUUAUGCAAUGAAGCUGUGUUUGCUCUAGAGAGUGCUAAUCUCAGGGGCCUGUGCAUGCUGUCCUUUCUACAGGGUUCAAAAAUAACAGAUGCAGCUGUUGCAUCUAUUGUUCGUUCUUAUGCAAGCUUGGAGCUGCUUGAUUUAAGUGGAUCUGGCAUUACUGACAAUGGGCUUGGGAUGAUCAGCAAUGCGUUCCCUAACACCCUAACAUUUCUGCUCCUGGCUCGGUGCCCAAAUAUCACCUCAUUUGGGGUCCAGGUGGCUGCAGCACAGUUGCCACUCCUUCGUGUCAUGGACUGUGGCCAGAGCAUAUGUGCUACCCCCCAGCCUGAAGCUGGGAGAUACUACUUCGGUGACCUAACUGGCGGGAUCAAAUUCUGCUCUAAAUUACCAGUCCAGAGAAAGCAGCAGACUACUUGCCAGAAUUUGAUCAUAAAGCACAACACCCUGAAGAAACUCAGCCUGUGGGGCUGUUCAGCGAUUGAUGCCUUGUAUGUGAAUUGCCCGGAGCUGGUUGAUCUGAACCUCAACUUGUGCACGAAUCUUCAUCCAGAGCGGCUUUUGAUCCAGUGCCCCAAGCUGAAGGACGUGCACGUCAAAGGGUGCCGCGACAUGCUGAUCGGAGCCAUCAGGAACCAGGUCCUGAACGAGUUCGCGGCCAUAGAGCCCCGGCUGCCCUGCAAGCGGCUGGCCGAUGGGUCGAAGCGCGUGCACGUGCCCCACUUCAUGAUAGAGCAGCUGGAGGAGCAGGAGAAAUGGGGCAGGCCGCGGAAGAGCCAGUGCACCGUUCACCUCAAUUGGUGA